AGGAGACAAACCCAGCGGGCAGCGAGCGGAGCGGGCCGGGCGCCUGGGGCUGCCGGGCGGGGGCUCAGGGCAGCGGCGGCCGCCAUCGCCAGAGGGAGCCCCGAGCGGGCGGCGGCGCUGCCUCCGGGACCCCCGGGGGGCAGAGGGCCCCGCUCCGCCUCCCUUCACCCCCGCCGCCCCCUUCUCGCCCCCCCGGCUUCCCACCACGGCCGCUCUCGGCGAGGAAACUCUGGCCUCCGCUUCCUCCUCCUCCGACUCGGACACCGGCGGAGCCUCCCCGCCCCCGCGGAAGAAAGCCCGGGCCUCCCCGGCGGCGGCGGUGGAGGGAGCAGGAGAGCCCGGGGCUUCCGCGGGCAGAGCAGGCCUCACCUCGUCCCAGUCCCCCUCGCUCUCCGCCGGGCUCGCCCCCGCCGCCGCCCCGCUCAGAGGUAGCAGCAGCAGCGGCGUUGGCAGCGCCAUGCAGGCCAACGGGGCAGGAGGGGGCCAGCAGCAGCAGCCGCCGCAGGGUCCAGCGGGCCCGGAGCUGGGCUGCUUGAGCGCCCAGAACGGCGAGGCCUCGGCGGGCACGGCCGCCGGCGACCAGCUGGCCCAUGCCAACGGGUUGCUGCCCUCGGCCAACAGCGGCGGCGGCAGCAGCCCCGGCGGCCUCAGUGUCAACAACGGGGUGCCCUCCGCCGGGGGCCCCGGCCCGGCCGCUGCGGAGCUGGGGGGCGGCAGUAGUGGCAGCGCCCUGAAGAAGAAGAAGCGGCUCUCGCAGUCCGACGAGGACGUUAUCCGGCUGAUCGGGCAGCACCUCCACGGCCUGGGCCUCAACCAGACUGUUGAUCUUCUCAUGCAAGAGUCAGGAUGUCGUUUAGAACAUCCUUCUGCUACCAAAUUCCGCAAUCAUGUCAUGGAAGGAGAAUGGGAUAAGGCUGAGAACGACCUGAAUGAACUUAAGGCCUUAGUGCAUUCGCCGCAUGCAAUUGUGAGGAUGAAGUUUUUGCUGCUGCAGCAGAAGUACCUGGAGUACCUGGAGGAUGGCAAGGUCCUGGAGGCACUUCAAGUUCUGCGCUGUGAACUGACGCCUCUGAAAUACAAUACAGAACGCAUUCAUGUCCUCAGUGGGUAUCUGAUGUGUAGCCAUGCAGAAGACUUGCGUGCAAAAGCAGAGUGGGAAGGGAAAGGAACAGCUUCCAGAUCUAAACUUUUGGACAAACUCCAGACAUACCUACCCCCAUCAGUGAUGCUUCCUCCAAGGCGUUUACAGAACCUGCUACGUCAGGCUGUGGAACUACAACGGGACCGGUGCCUAUAUCACAAUACGAAACUAGAUAGCAAUCUAGAUUCUGUCUCGCUGCUAAUAGAUCAUGUUUGUAGUAGGGGUCUGAGAUCAGUAUGUGGUGCGCUGUACAUGCUGCCAUGCUUGGGCAUAAUGAGGAAACAGUUCCCAUGCUAUACACAGCAGAUCCUAACGGAGCACUGUAAUGAAGUGUGGUUCUGUAAGUUCUCCAAUGAUGGCACUAAACUAGCAACAGGAUCCAAGGACACAACUGUCAUCAUAUGGCAGGUUGAUCCAGAUACUCACCAGCUAAAACUACUUAAGACGUUAGAAGGUCAUGCAUAUGGUGUGUCUUAUAUUGCUUGGAGUCCAGAUGACAACUAUCUUGUUGCCUGUGGCCCAGAUGAUUGUUCUGAGCUUUGGCUCUGGAAUGUACAAACUGGGGAGCUGAGGACAAAGAUGAGCCAGUCUCAUGAAGACAGUUUAACAAGCGUGGCCUGGAAUCCUGAUGGGAAGCGUUUUGUAACGGGAGGUCAGCGUGGGCAGUUCUAUCAGUGUGAUUUAGAUGGCAACCUCCUUGACUCCUGGGAAGGGGUGAGAGUACAAUGCCUUUGGUGCUUGAGUGAUGGGAAAACUGUCCUAGCAUCGGACACACACCAGCGAAUUCGGGGUUAUAACUUCGAGGAUCUCACAGACAGGAACAUAGUACAAGAAGAUCACCCCAUUAUGUCGUUUACUAUAUCUAAAAAUGGACGUUUAGCUUUGUUAAAUGUAGCAACUCAGGGAGUUCACUUAUGGGAUUUACAAGACAGAGUUUUAGUGAGAAAGUAUCAAGGUGUUACACAAGGAUUUUACACAAUUCACUCAUGUUUUGGAGGUCAUAAUGAAGAUUUCAUCGCAAGUGGCAGUGAAGAUCACAAAGUAUAUAUUUGGCACAAGCGUAGCGAGCUGCCCAUCGCGGAGCUGACAGGGCACACGCGCACCGUGAACUGCGUCAGCUGGAACCCGCAGAUUCCAUCCAUGAUGGCCAGCGCUUCGGAUGACGGCACCGUUAGAAUAUGGGGACCAGCACCUUUCGUAGACAACCAGGAUAUUGAAGAGGAAUGCAGUAGCAUGGAUAGUUGAUGGCGAAUUCGGAGCAGACGACUUCAGUAACUUAAUUAGUCGUAUUUUAAAUGGCUUGGGAUUUGGUGCAAACAAACAUGAUUGAUAGCUGGACAGACAUGCUCGUCAUGAGAAAAAAAAAAUAAAAGAACCAUUUCUGAAGCCCGGUUGGGGCCAAACAUUUACCACCUUGCUUCAUAGUAACCAGUCAAGAUGAAGCACGUCGUUAGAACGUUGUUGGACACCGUGUUGAAAUUACCCCCCCAUCGGUUGUGAAGAACUGUGCUACAUUCAGGCUAACCAUUGAACUCAGUAUAUAUAUUUUUCCCUCCUGCCUUUUUGUCCGGCGGGCUACUGUUCUUGUUGCUCUUCUGUGUAAUGAAGUUUAAAUGCUUGUUUGGAACACUUUAUUUAACAAUUUAGAAGGCUUGAUAGAAAGAGUGCUUUAGUCUGAAGAGUAUACAUUGGAUAGGAAAGUAUUUCCUUCUCUUGUUUCUCAAGUCUCUCUCCGCCUUACUUAGCUUGAGAUCUUUGCAGCUUGGUUCAUGGAUUCUAGCCUUGCCCGUUGCGCAGUAUAUAUAAAAUUGAGAUGAUAAACCAAUGAACUAUGUCAAAAGCACUCUCAGUAUCACAUUUGACAACAAGUUUUGUACUUUUCACAUAGCUCGUUGCCCUGCCAAAGGGGUUAACAGCACAAUUUUUUAAAAAUAAAUUAUUUAUAGGAUUAAAAUGACUUCAUUUGUAUACAUUUGGAACUAAAAACAAUGCAAGGAGUGUCGUGAAAUACGGUAUCACCGAUGCUUUUCCGGAGUGUCUUGAGACCCAAUCAAAAGCAAUGUCUGGAAGGAGCUUUGUUCAGGCAGUGAAGCUUGUUCUAGAGGGAUAAACUCGCUCUCCCAUCUUUUCCAAAUAGCUAGAAAAAGUGUUCAGAGUGCACCAUCAGACUUAAGAGUUUAAACCAGAUGAGGUCUUCUUGUGUUGUUUUUGGGGUUGUUUGGCUCUUUGUUUUUAAUUACAUAAACGUGUGCGACAACGCUGGUGAAAGGUAGACUACACCUCAAGGGAAGAAUGUGUUGCAUCCUU